UACUGUUUCUGGACGAACCUAUUCCGAACGCAGUCAUGCCGCACCUCCGCCGCGGUUCUUUGGCGAGGCAGAUCAUCGGUCGAUGAGUCUCAUCACAGCGGAGAGGAUGAAGUUAUCGAGGCCGACCAGGGAAAUGUCCUCUCUCACAUUAUCUCACAACUGCGACCCGGCGCUGAUUUGAGUCGGGUCGUCUUGCCGACAUUCAUUCUGGAGCCUCGAUCUAUGCUGGAGCGCAUCACUAACUUCAUGGCCCACCCUGAUACCCUCCUUCCUAUGAGUACGAUCGACGACCCUGUGGAACGAUUCGUCUCUGUGGUCAAGUUCUACUUGAGUGGAUGGCACAUUAAACCGCCGGGCGUAAAGAAGCCAUUGAAUCCGAUCCUCGGCGAAACUUUCACCUGCUACUGGGACUAUGCAGACGGCACCCGAGGCUUCUACAUCGCGGAGCAGACCUCGCACCACCCGCCAAAGUCGAGCUACUUCUUCAUGGCCCCCGAGCACAAUAUCCGGAUCGAUGGAACCCUCAAGCCGCGUAGUAAAUUCCUAGGAAACUCUGCAGCCAGUAUGAUGGAGGGAAUUGCGAUUUUGCGACUGUUGAAUCACGGGCAAAACAAAGAGAAGGGCGAGAGAUACAUCUUGACUCAACCCAACAUGUAUGCCCGCGGCAUUCUCUUUGGCAAGAUGAAGUACGAGCUUGGCGACCACAGCUAUGUGCGCUGUCCCGAAAAUCACCUGGUAGCCGACAUCGAGUUCAAGACCAAGGGUUACUUCUCAGGAACGUAUAACGCUAUUGGUGGUACGAUCAAGAACGAGAAGACCGGCGAAGUCCUGUAUGAGCUGUCGGGCUUAUGGAACGGAGAAAUGCACAUCAAGGAUGUCCAUAGCCACAAGAAGGAUCUUCUCUUUGAUGCCACUCACGCAAAACACGCGAAGCCCCAAGCACGCCCGAUUGAAGAACAAGACGAACGUGAAUCGCAAAGAUUAUGGAAGGAAACUGUACAUGCAAUCAUCACCAAUAACCACGAAGCUGCUACCGAUGAAAAGACCAAGAUCGAAGACCGUCAACGAGACGAGGCAGCAAAGCGCGCCGAUGAGGGUGUGGAAUGGAAGCCACGACUGUUCCGCGCUGUGCAGGGUGGCCCAGGAGGCCCUGACGAGGGAGAAGAAGAUCUCGAUUGGAUCAUCAAUGCUGAAAUUGAGCCGCAUAACCCCGAAAUCGCAAAGAAGCAGAUCCUCGCUAUUGCGCCCAUUCUUCCAGGUCAGAAACCGCCAUCCCAUUCCCAAAUCCCACCAUACAAUAUCCAAGAGCCAGGAUCGAAAGCAGAAGCCACACCUGCGAAAUCAGAGGCCGAACCUGCGAAACCAGAAGCCGAACCUGCGAAACCAGAAGCCGCACCUGCGAAACCAGGGCUUAUCGAGCGCACAGAAACUGGCACAUCGCAUGUGGAUCAGUUUGUGGAUGCGGAGGAGACGAAAUAG